AUGAUGCUGAAUCGAUUAGCUGUUCUCCCGACGCUUCAUUGCAGUCGAACUAUCAGUAAUUCUAUUACUCGUAUAACGCAAGCAGUUUGUUAUCAGAAUGGAUCCACAACCUCGCAGCUCGGCCGUAGCACUGUUCACCAGCAGCGAUCGUAUGUAGUGGACCUCAAGCAUAGCGGUGAAUUUACACUGAAACACAACAAGUACUUGUCAAUUUUAAAAGAGGAAUUCCCACUAGAAUUGGGCGGCUCACUACCAGAAGUGACCAUUGAGUGGGAACAGUGGGGUGACUAUUCAUUGUCUGGCGAUCGCACCAUCCUGGUACUACCGUCCUUCUCACACUCAAGUCACGCCGCCUCCAACCGUGACGAUCCGUGGCCGGGCUGGUGGGAGAACAUGAUUGGUCCUGGGAAGGCCAUUAACACAUCCUAUUUUCGCGUCAUUUGUCCGUCCGUACUCGGUAGCCCAUUCGGUGCCACUUCACCACUCAAGGUCAAUCCACUUACAGGCAAUAAAUACAAGGCCUCGUUCCCGCAAUUGACGCCAGCCGACAUGGCGCGCUGCCACGCUAGAGUCCUAGACGACUUGGGUAUCGAUCGUGUACACGCUGUCAUUGGUGCCAGUAUGGGUGGGAUUCAGGCUCUGGAAUUUGCAGCUCAGUUUCCUGAUCGCCUGAAUCGUCUAGUAGGUCUCGCGUGCACGCACCAAACUACCCCUGGGACAGUUGCGUUUCGUCGAGUACAACGGCGUGCUAUCCUUGCUGAUCCCGAGUACAAAGAUGGCAAUUAUGUGCCUGGUGUACCUCUUGAAGGCAUGAAGGUGGCACGUGAGCUCGGAAUAAUAUGCUACCGCUCGCGUGAAGAGUUUGAUGCCAGGUUUGACUGGAACCCAAUCGGUCCCAUGCACUUCAAGAGUGCAUCGACAUUUGAGGUCGAGAAGUAUAUGGACUAUCAAUCGACCAAAUUUUCUCGUCUAUUCGAUCCAAAUUGCUACCUCUUGCUAUCCAAGGCCAUGGACCUAACAAAUCUCGGUCGUAAUUCGCUAAAUCUGGCCAAAGGUACCGGUCGAAUCUCAGCCAACACUCUAAUUGUCGGCAUUAAGCAGGAUCUACUGAUUUCAAUUCAAGAACAGCGCAAUUUGGUGAACAUUCUACAGUCAUAUGGCCGCAAUGCGCGACUUGUCGAGGUGGACUCAAAAUUUGGUCAUGAUGCGAUGUUUCAUAGUCAAAUGCAGCUGGAUAUGUUCUCACCCCUGGUGCGUGAGCACAUUGAAGAUCAACUCACUCAUAUCCUGCCACUUGAACAAUAUCGCUAUAGUAACCUGUAA